GUCAUUAUCUCUGAGAGCAGUAUUGCUUCUAAGCAACGAGGGACGAGCGGCGCGACUGUUGUAAACAGCACCAGCUGGUCUUGCUCUCGAGAUCUUCUUUCUGAAGCUGAGUAUUGGUUUUUGUUUUCAAUUAUGACUCACCCUAGAAGCCGAGAGCCACCGGACCGGGCGGGUCGGGUCGGCGCCGUUCCAACCAUGAUUUUGACCAGAUUUUUAUCAAGCAAAAAAGUGUUAACGUUAACGGUUUUCAUGGAUUGCAAAUAUGCAUGACAAAUUUUGCCUAGUAUGCAUGCUAUGCAUGACAAAUUUGGGCACGUUUUGCGAUGCAUUACUGCAUCACAAAUUCCGUUAACGUUAACACUUUUUCCUGUGAUAAUUUUGGAAGAAGAUCUUCGUGUGAGGAAAUGGAUUGGCGUUAAAAAUGCAGCACAGCAGCUACAAGAAGCCUUUCCUUUUCCGACUACAUGUACAUCAAGGAAUUGUUGAAGUCGAUAAAGCACCACGUCGUAUUAACUGUGCCUUCCUCCGCGCUCCGGAGGAAGAUCAGGAUCAACGCCAGCGUGGCGCUUGUCGCCGGUGGUGAAAAUCAAAAUGCGGCGAACGCACAAACCGCGCAACCACCACGUUUUUGAGGAUUUUGUUGUCACGUUCCGGUUUUUUGUGCAACAAGUCUUGCUUUGGGUCGUCCACCAGAUUCUGACCGUUUCCGCUCUACUUUCCCUAGCAUAUAAUUAUCGCAAGCGGAAUUAUAAUAAUAGAGCGAUUCUGUUUCUGGGCAUCUUGUUUCUCCAAUCGUCCUACCAGGACAUCGUCUGGACGACCACAGCGGUCGUGCAAGAAGCUGCUCCUGAAGAUCAAGAUAGGAGUACCACGCCAAGAACUAAUAUUAACAGAGAAACCACUUCGGCAUCUUCGGCCGGCACCGGCGAUAAUUCCUAUGCGGAGGAAGCAGGUAGUAGUAGCGCGGAGCUGCAACAAGAGGCGCCGUUCCUCGACCAGGAAGCUUAUUUCGAAGACGAGCAUCUGCAGGACGACGAGGACGACAUCGUCCCCAGCGGUGGAACUACCACGACGGGCUCUGCUUUUAUUGAAGAGGAAGAAGAUGACAGCGGUUCCUUUUUCACGGAUGAAGAGUACGAGGAAAUCGAGAAUCAGGGGGACGAGGAUAUCGGUGUCGAGCAGCUGAAAAUGUUGCACGACGACCCGCAGGCUCGAGCAGAAGUACUAGAAGAACAACAAGGGGAGGAAGAUGAGGAUGCUGAUGAAUUUAUUCGUCCGAUGGCAGAAUUACAGCAGAAGGAGCACGAAGAGAAACUUCGCGGGCAAGUAGAGCAUCUUCCCAAAGUAGAACUUUCAACCAGAUCGUCCGGAACAUCUUUCAAUCAAAGGACGCUCCUUGACGUGGAGCAAAAUAAAGGCAGAGACGAGGUGGGACGACGAGGGGACAGCACAUCAUCAUCGGUGGACGACAAAAUUCUUCUGCACGAGGACCGCGACCGCGACGUUCAUCAACUACGCGGCAAUACGAAUCAUUUCAGAGGACGAGGAGCUGAUAGUAGCAGUACAAGUACUCAACAUACUAGUACGGCGUUUCUUGACCUGGAUUUCGCCGGGACGAGCAGUAACUACAGGCCGGUAAUGGAUGACGAGGGCACUACCACCUCUGCUACUGCUAGCAGACAACGAAUUACCGUUAGCACGGACAACGCACGAGGAAAACAGGAAGAUGAUGAUCAAGCGCAAAACCAAAAUGAUUUAGAUGCGGCAGUGGAACAAGAUCUCGCUCCACCAAGAAACAGGGAUCGUGUUACUUCCGCCGGCAAGAACAGCAGGAAAGCGACUGAGGACACAGAGGACGCACAACAACGAGGAGGCGAUGCAACUACAUCUUCCGCACUACUGCAAGAAACUACUACACAAGAACAGGGCGCGCGCGGCGGCGGACGUCUACCCGCAACUCCGCCACCAGCCCAGCAAGGAGUCUUCAGUUCGAUGGCGGGCGUGGUUUGGCAGCAGGCUUCGCAAAAUAUUGCGAACUACUGGGACCACUGGAAAGAACAGAAUUUACCUGAAGAGGCGAGGAACUUAUGGCGUUCUCAAAUGUUACAUUCUUAACUGUUACAUGAUUUGUCAUGCAAAAACACUAUCGCUCUGCACACGAUCAAGCCUUCUCCGCAUGCCAACUUCUCGACGCGCUGGAUACCAUUAAAAUCUGCUCCAAACCUGUAAUGCAAAAGGGCCAAUCUUUUCCCUUUCACUUUUGCCAUUCUUGCAUGACAAAUUUCAUGUAACGGUUGAGAAUGUAACGUUUGAGAACGCCAUAGAACUUGUUGCAGUCGUAUGUGAAUCACAACCGGGAAUUCAUGUGUGUCUGUGAAGGCUACGUGACCUAUGCAUUGCAAAAGUAUCGUACUCGUAUAAAUGCAUUACAAAUUUCCUCAGCAUGAGAAAUAAAAUUUGUAAUGCGGAUUUACCUUAAGAAAAAGAUUUGUACUGCAUGACUCCAAUACGAGUACGAUACUUUUGCACAGGAUAUGACCCUGCUGAAAGCAAAGUCCGGCUCUAAUAUGAAACGGAUGCAGUUUUACGUCGGGCCCUGGCGUUCCGAAGAUCAAGAUUUGCAAAAGCAAGUAUCGUCGUACCAUAUCCCGCAGAAAAAAGCAGGCAGGGCAUAUGUGUAAAAUAAAUUAGCACCCGGAUUAUACGCACCAGAAAAAUCUGUCAUGGGUGGCAAUCUUAAUAUAGCAUUUUUAUGCUUCGGACAUGCAGUACAUAGUCUAUUUAUUCACUCGUACUCUGCAUUUACAAAUAUGACCUGCGUGCAGCUUUUUUCUGUGUGAUAUACCAGAGCAGUUACAACAAGGACGGGGCGGACAAUAUCGUAAGGAAAAAUCCCUCCUCCCCAUAUCGAAAAGGCACGCCUCAGAGAAUUUGUGGUGCGGAUUUGUGGCCACAAGUCGCGUCAUCUGUCUUGCAAGAAAGCAACGGCAUAGGCUCGGGCCCAUUAUGCAGGCAGUUUGUAAUGCUGUUGGGCCUACAAAAAACGUUCCUCAUGCUAAGCGCCUAGGCCAAAACUACCUCUCUACAUUGGCAUGAUAUGGGCCUGCAGUCCACUACUGCAAGACGCAUCUGAUUUGUGUACAAAAAUCCAGUUUUGAUAUGGGCGGGAGGGGGGAUUUUUCAUUUUGAUAGGCAAGAGUGCGGCCGGCGGGAUGCUAGACUGGCUUCUCGGAAAAAAAGCCGACGACGCCGAGAUAUCAAAUCCAAAAGUGUCUGGGUCUGGAAACUUGUGACGCAAGUCUACGAAUUGUGGGCGCACUGCAAUACGCAGCCCAGCAUGAGGACACGUUUUUGCGCUGGUGUGUGUUUCGUUUUUCGCAUGACAAACUGCGUUCUUGCAUGACAGGCAAGAUGCCCUUUUCUGCUCAUCCGUCGCAGAUUUAAGACUCAUGCCAGACAAGCACGACAAACUUGCACUGUUGCAGACCCAGACAUAUUUGCAGUUGAUACGAGAUGGACCUUUACGACCAGCAUCUGAAACAUGAGAAAUAUCAGGACCCGACACCCAGCUACAUUUACAGCUCGAAAAGGCCGGUAGGCCGGAUUCAGGCGGAGGAGAGUAAGAACCACCUGUGUCCGACCUAUUGAGAGGAAAAAUCCCCCCUCCCCAUAUCAAAACGGAAAUCUGUGAUGCAGAUUUGCAGUCACAAAUCAGCUUUGUCAUGCUAAAAGGGAAAAGAUGCGGACUGUGGUGCUGGUUGGCGUGGGGAAGCCUUGCAUCUUCAGCAUGACAGGAAGCAACUGGAAGUGGGAAACAGCAUGACAAAUUGCCUGCAAACGAGGUGGCCACAACUGCGGCCCUUGGCCUUCUAGCAUUACAAGUCGAUUUGUGUACUCAAAUACAGCAUCACGAAUUUCGUUUUCGAUACGGGGUGGGGGGAUUUUUCCAUUUGAUACGACCCGAAAGGGCUUUUUUGCGGAUGGCAUCAUCUCCAGUCGCGCGCAGGGGUUAUCCUGAGUAAAAGCGUACCCACACUCACCAGAGUUGUAAUGCAGAUUUGCAAAGACAGGAAGACUUGUAAUGCGCAUCCCCAUGAGAGCCAUUUCCAAUCGUGUUUUGAAAUUUGUGAUGUUGUGAACAGGAUGAGCAGAUGAAUCUGUGACGCGGCUGCACUUGCUAACCUGCACUACACUGCAUAGCGCAACUUGUCACGCGUGACUCACAAAACUCCUAGGCUUGUGUUGCAAAAUCCUCAUCCUGACUCUGGUGUGGGUACGUUUUUACUCAGGAUAGGGCUUCGAGAUUCAUCACAAACUCUGGAUUCCCUUCCAAAACCGGAUGAACAACUACAAGUAUACGAACUGCGCCACUGUCGAGAUGGAAAACAAUUACAACCGGUUCGAGCUUUGGAUCACGAAGAUGAAGAAGGCCCGCGCCGGCGGGGCUCGCGAACACAAGAACAUGCAGGACGUGACCAAAAACUCCUACUUCUUGAUUAUCCUGUGGAAAAACGUCCCCACGACCCCAUAAGUCAUAAUCGAUGAUGGUAAAUCUGCUACACAAAUCCACAAGUUUUCGUUGUCGCGCAUGACAAGUUUGGAUUCGUACUGUAGUCCUGUUGAGCUAGUGGAACCGCAUGACAAAUUUACUACCUUAUUCUGAUUCCAGCAUGACCAACUCGCAGAUAGCAUGAGAAAAUGCUCCUGAUGGGGCUUUGCAUGAGAGACAUUUUAGGGUUGCAGACUUGCAUCACAACUUUGGGGCGGAGACGUUUUUGCACGGAAUAUUGAUGCCCCGGAACUGGAUCGAGAACCCCGUGCUGGAAUUUGACAAAAUGGGGGGCAAAAAAGCCCACCGGACCCACGCACAUACACCACCGCUCUUGAAUAAGCAGGAGCAAGGGCGCUGGCUGAACCUAAAGCGCCAAGCAGGGGGCAAAGCAAAGGGCGGAAAAAAGCAACGAGCGGCGCCACGGAAGCGAAAGCCCCCACCAUACAGCAAAUUCAAGCGGGACCUGUUUCACGUGACGAAAAAUCCCUUACCCAUGUUGGACUUUCUCAAGCCGCACGACACCUAUCGUACGAAAAAAGUGUUACACUGUAAGGAUUCUGCAGGUUUUGCAUCACAAGUUUGUUCUACAUGACAGAGAAAAUUUGCCAUGCAAGGUUCCUAAGGGAAAACACCGCUAAAAAUCCACUGUCUUGCAUGUGUAGCAAGACAAACACUUGUGACAUACAUUUUCCGCAUUAGUGAAACUACAGUUUUUUCUGGCGAUAACACCCCGCGCAAGAUGAAUGGGCUCUUCGUCCGUCGGACCUGCAACAUUGAAGAUUACUUAUCCACAAAAAAAGAACCGCCCCCAUCCGUUUUUUGCAUGGCAAGUAGUGGAAUUUAUGGACGUUUUGCAUGACAAAUUGGAUGGGGUUGGGGAUGGUUCUUUUUUUGUGGAUAUUAUUCCAGACAGAACUACGCCUUCAUGAAGAAUCGAAAAGACGACCGCUCCACAGCCCAGAUUCCCAACCAGUACUACAAAGACUGUCAGUACAUGUGCCGGUCGCUGAGCCCGGAUCUACAGACCCAAGGAGUAGAGCAACCAGCCCUGGUCGUCGAGUACAAUCCUGGAAUAGCACCGCCGCAAACGGUAUCCUGUGCAAAAGUAUCGCACUCGUAGUAAUUGCAUUUAUGCAUUACAAAUCUCCUCGUCAAGUUAAUUCAGCAUUACAAAUUUACUAAUUUAUAAUGCUGGGCUAAUAUGUAAUGCAAUUUAUAUAUACUAGUACGAUGCUUUUGCAUUGCAUAAACGGCCGCCCAGCUGCAGGCACAACAUGCCGCGGAAGAAGCUGAAGCUCAAGCACAAGCCGAGAGGGAGCGGCAAAGAGAAGAAGAGAACGCGCGCCGGCGGCCGCGGGGGGAGGAUGACUAUGACGAGGAGGAAGAAGACGUUUGAGCAUUAAGUACUGAAAUGUAAUUUUUCGCAACUUCUUCGACUACAAACACGACCUUGGCUAACACCGCGUCCCACACGACCUAGCAGUUUCUUCUCCCGCCGACGGUGGCAGUUAAAGUAGAAGUGGCGAACGAUCACGAUUUUCGCUAACUACUGCAGCCAGACGAACUGUCUUCACUUGCGAACAACACCAACCUCCUUGCGAACAAAACGAAAUAACUAUGAUGAAAUACGUAGCUCGUCCACGGCGCUGCUUGCUCCUCCGUAGUUCCAUCACGAUUUUUUUUCUGUGGGGGAGGUCCCACAAAGAAUUGGUUUCGGGGUAUGGGGAGCUGCCGGUCGUGGACGAGCGAGGUGUUCCUCGUUGAGUCUAUCUUAUCCAAGACCAGGAGAACAACAACUCUUACCACGGUUGUUUUCGUGCUGCUGGUACUAGUGAAACAACAAGAAGCGGCCACAUGAUUUUUUUUAGCGCCUGCUUUUACACGUAGUAGGACCAGCACUUAUUUUCAAAUUUUGUUGACAAGUCAAGAAUAAAUUGAAACCAUUCGUCAGAACGGUUUGCGCGAAUGAUGAAAAAACCUCUCAAAAUUGCUCAUAUUUCAAAUUACAAAGAACCCAAACUAUAGCAAACUACGCAUGAAGCUCGAAAUCAAAGAAGUGAUUUUUUUAUAACUACGUACAGUACAACGAUCUGUAAUCCUGCUACUGGUACCGUAAGAAGCAGAAGUGAUUCGAGAGAUAGAUUACAAUUGAACUAUAGAACAGCUACGUAAAAAGAUUAUGUACUGCUUUUUUUCGAAGCCGGUAUUUCUUUCGCUUUCUCGAAAAAUAUUAGGCCCAACAAAGUCAGUAUCAGCCUGAAUCGUCAUCAAGGCGAUAACAUCAAUGUCAAUCUUCAGCUGGGGUGGCGGAUUCAAAGUGAUCCAAAGCUCAUGCUGGAACAGAGCGGCAUUUUAGGAUCGGUUUGGGGACGAGGACCUCCACUAUUUACGCGUAUUUCAUCGCGCACGCGGCGCUUCUAAGUGCAUUCCAAUCGUCCUCCUCUACUGCCAGUCAGGUAGUUUUUUUGCUUGCGGUAGGAAGUAGGAAAGAACUUGAAUGAAUUGCUAAUGUUGGUCACAACGUCGACUACUUAUGUAAAUUUCGUAUCAAUGCGAUUUGGAAGUGGGAGAAAUAAUGAACCUGAAAAAAAAACGCGCUGCUCUUCUGUUUAUGAUCAACCUGCG